CUGAUCAUAUUCCCCAUAACCUCACACUAUCUUCUCAAUAAUCAUAAAAAAAAAAAUGGCGAGAUCAGCAGUGGAACUCGAUUUCUUCAGCAUGGAGAAAGAGUCUAAUGAUGCAAAACAUGAAAAUGGAAUAAGCUUUGGAGAUAUUCGAAGUGUGAUUUUGAAGACCAAUCCUGAAGUUCUGAAGACUGCAAUUUCAAGGGAAGAUUACUCUCAAUUGGCCCUUUUUAGUCCUACUUCAAGGCUUCAUUGUGGCUUGCAAAAUGGCACAAAAACUGCACCUUUGACCAUUUUCUACGAUGGAACAGCUGCGGUUUACGAUGUUACCAGUGACGAGGCGGAAGGAAUUCUAAGGUUUGCAGAAAGGUCAAAAAUUAUGGAUGCGUUUUCUCCAAGAGAGCAAUUGUUUGUGGAAUCAUUAAGUGGAGAUCUACCAUUGGCAAGGAGAAACUCCUUGCAUAGAUUCUUGGAGAAGCGAAAAGAGAGGCUGACUGUGGUGUCACCUUAUGGUUUCCCCCAGCCCCCUAUCUAUGGUUCUUUAGCUCAUACAGCCUCUAAAAGCAAGAAUUAGCAGAAGAUGGGAGUAUCAUGCAAUAUUGCUGAUGAUAUAGAUGGAUCUUAAUGUAAAAUAUUAAUUUUGGGGAUUUGGUAGUACUACUCUUAUAUGUUACUAAGAUAUUUACUUUCCCAGUCAAAUUAUUUUUACUAUAUAUAAGAGAGAAUGAGGUGCUUUUGUAGUCCUCACAAAAUUUUUAUUCCUAUGGUGUUGUUACAUGUGGCUUUGUCUUGUCUUUUGCCUGAUUUCAUUUUUUUAACUCAUUUUUUAUCUUAAGUAAAUUUUUAUGUGAGCUUAUAUAAUUGGUGUA